AUGAGGGUAUUGUCCAUCGCCUGCCCCCCGGCGGGCUCACGACCUACCCAGCCCAGUCUGUAUGGGUCAUGCACGAGCGCUUCCCCUUCCUCAAGCCCUUCUACUUUAGCUUGUGAGGAGCCAGCAGUGGGGAAACGCAUCAACAGUUGGCUGCCUCCGGACAAACAGUUUUUGGUGACUCGAGGAGUGGCUUGUCACCGCAGAGUGCGGGACAUUGAGGCCUCCUUGGCUGCAGAAGCCAGGGAGGAUGCGGAGGGGUGGGUGCUGCCGGUGGAGGCGGAAGAGCCCGAAGAGGUUUUGUCUGUUUCGGUUUCGGGCGGAGAGACAAACCCUCUAGAAAAACCCCCAGGCGGCUCCGGGUCUUCGCUACGUGACACAUCAGUAAGCGCGGCUGAGGGUUUAGGGCUUUUGGCGCUGAGGAUUUAA